GCAUCGAUAUGGACAUUCAAGCACAUUUACUCUCCUGGGCUAUUUUGUCUUUCCUCUCAGGUGUGACCAGUGUGAAGCUGCAAUGCUGCAUCAGAGGAGAAACCAUUUAUCUGCACAUACAGAACAACAGUAUAAAGUCUGUACAAUGGAAAUAUGGUGACAACGCUAUCGCUACUAGUAAAAUUAGCUAUAAAUUCUCAACUGAAGUUUUUCAAAAUUUUACACUUAAAAUGACUAACAUCCAGAAGAACUGGACUGGUGACAUUACUGCAUCUGGAUAUGAUUCAGAUGGGAAACAUGUGCUGACAGAGAAACAUCACUUGGUGGUGCUGGGUCACCCUGUGGUUGAAUUCCUCACUUGUACUCAUGGCACGUCUGUGUUGCACUGUGCUGAUGACAGUGGGGAAGAUACUCUGUACACAUGGACUGUCAGAGACGAUGUCCUGGGCGAGGAGAAGGUAUUCAGUACCAGCUGUAAAUAUAUUUCCGUGGAGGUUAUUUCAGGAAGCGUCCACUGCACAGUGCAAAAGAAGAGCUGCAGUGCACAGAGCGAACCUGUCAGUUUUAACUGUACAAAAACUCCCACUGCCUGGUGUCCGACUGCUCUGACCGGUGUCUCUGUCCUGAUACUGUGCCUGACUGUGGCUUGGAUCUCAUUCUGCUUUCUAAGAUGGUACAAGAAACACCGUUUAAGUGCCAAAUCAGAAAAUUCCAGUGUCUCACCAACUCCAGUUAAUGAAGAUAUUGUGUACAGUGAAGUCAGAGUUGCAAAGCAGUGCAGAUGAUUCAACUAACUUUAGUUCGACUACAGAAUCACAGUGUUCAGCUGAUUAAACCGUCUUAUAUAUCCUGCUGGUAAUCCAGGAUUUUUGGGAUGUGCUCCAGAGCCAUACGAUACUGAACAAUGGAUAUGUCUAUUGGAUCUGUCUCAAGCUGAGCUAUUAUUUCAACAUGAUUAAAUCAUAAACUAAUUUAAUACAGACUUUUUGCAGAAAGCUGGUAUAUAUAUAUAUAGAUAAAGGAAGGGAAACCAAGUGUCAGUUGAGUAGCGUUUCAGCUCUUCCUGGUUUAUAGGGACUACGAGGUCUGCAGCUUUGCCUCAGAGUAUGAACAUUGUUUUACCGACGUGAUUAAAGCUGGUAAUGACAGUGGAUGCUCCACAUAUAAAUGAUUGGAUUCCUCCCAGGCCAUUGAUAUUAAUUUGCACAUAUAAUUAUGUAAAUGUAUGCAUACAAUACAUAAAAACCCUUACAUUAUUAAACAAAAAAAUGUUUUGGACUGUCAGAGAUGGUGUCCUGGUUGAGGAGUGGGUGUUCAGUAACUGCAGUAAAUACAUUUCUGUGGAGACAAUAUCUGGAAGAGCUGCAGUAUUCAGAGUGAACAUAUCAAAGAGUCCUAAACAAGAUUGAUUAUUAAAGACCUUUAUGGGACAUGUGCAAUGGGAAUGCUUCCCUGUUUGCUAUUCUUGGUUAAAAGAAAACUACAGACAAUACUAAACAGUGUACAAAUAGAGAAUAUGCUUCUGAUAAAAGUGCAGUAACAGUGCCAUAAUGUCUAGAUACCACAAGUAUGACAAAUGGACGACUGAUAUAUUUUUAUAAAUUAUUUAAUUAAUACAGUGAAAACCGCUUGGUUAUAAGGAUCAACUGCUUAUAUGUAUCAAAAAGCUUGGGACAGAUUCAUCCUGUACAAAUACUGUAUAAAUAAUUUGCUUAUAUAAUCAAGUAAUUUGCUUCCAUUGUUUAUUUUGGGUCUUUUUAAACAGGACAACAUAUUGAAAAAGUAAGACUGCGAUUAUUCUUUUUUUCUUUACUUCAAUAGCGCUACUUUACCCGUCUGCUUCUAGCUGCUACCUGAGGCUAAUGCUGUGUGCACAGAAAACAUGACAGGAAAAAGAAAGUCAUUAUCUCUCAAUGACAAAUAUAGAUGCGUCAAAGCUUUUGAUAAACCGCCAAAAAUGAGCCACUGAGAUGCAGCAGUGAAACUACAAUAAGCGCUUUGAGACAAUGUAACGUUGUGAAAAUGUACUGUUUAAGUAAAACUCAAUUGAAUAUUUAUGUACAAUACUGUACUUUCCUAUAGCAUAUUUGAAUUAUUCACAUUUCAGUAAUUUAAUUUGUACAAUAUCAUUAUUUGAAAGGCAUUUGAAACAGCUGUACUGCAUUUUGAAAUAAAUCAUCAGUCAAUAAAAUUA